CGCGUUUUCAAACCUCCUUCCACAAAAGAGCUCCUGACAACGAAAUAAGCGCCCCGAGGUCGAAGACUUCCCUUGCACCUGCCACAGAUGGGCAAACUUUAUUAGCUGAGGUACUGGAGACAGAAUGGGGUGUGGAUCAUCCAAGUCAACCUCCACUCAGGAUCAGAGUGGAAAGAGGAAAGUCAAUCCACAAGUUUCGUCAAACAAGGCAAAUGAGCUGUCCUCUCCGAAAAAGGAGGUCAAGACUGCUGUGAAUACAUUCAAACCAGGUACAGACCUCCCAGAUGACAUCACUAGGAAUAUUAAUGAAUCAAAACCUGUGGUCAAGGGUUUCUCCAAAGCCAAAUGGCCGCUACGUUGUUAUGCUGCACUGGAUUAUAACAUCAACGCAGGCCAUGGGGGUGCUGCUGCUGUACUGCUGAUAUCUGGUGAAUAUGGCGGCCCUGGAGCCAACUCCACGGGGGAAUUAAUCUUCGUACGCUCUGGCUUCGAUGCCAAUCAUUUUCAGCAUCAUGUGACCAAGAAAAUAAACGGCGGGGGUCAUUUUGGUGCAGAGAGCUUCUGCCUGACCAAUGAGAAGGGAGAUCUCAUCACAAACAACCUUUUCGGCGCUAAUCAGGUUGGACUUUUUUCAAAUGAUGCAAGGUUUACAAAUCUGGGGUUUGGUGUGAUCAGAAAAGACGGAGAUGCUGACAGUCCAACAGAUCUUGGAGUUGCUGUCAAUCAAGCUAAUGGUGCCUGCACCACUUUGGUAUUGUGUAGUCAGGCUCAGGCUGGUGGCGCCAUCUACAUGCUGCAGUCUGGACAUAAAGAUGAUCACCUGAAAUCUGGUCUCAUCUGUGGUGAGGAUAAGUGGAAAUUUGAUGUGGGUGAGAACGGCAGUAUCCAGGUCACAGGAGAGGCGGAGAGUUGUUAUGGAAUCUUCCAUAACAGAGAGAAUGAGGAAGACUUCACGGAGAAUCAAGCUGGUUCUUUUCUCACUCAAGCUGUGAAUGGAUCGGAAGACACCCAGUUGAUAACCAUGCCUGAUUCCACAACCCACUGUCAGCUAGUAGUGAUGUGCUCUAACAGCAGUGGAAAGGAGGCUGCAACAUCAGCAGCCCUUUAUGGUGUCUCACUAGAUGGCAGCGCUGAGCCCAAGACACACCUAAUCCAAGGCAGCUCUGGGGUUGAAGGUUGUGAUGGAAACCUUUGGUCAUUUUCCAUCCAUGGGUCAUCUUUGAUGGCCAAAGGCCCGGCAGGACCAUGCAGGUAUGCAGUGAUUAGUAAUUUUCCAGAAACUGUCACUGACCUGAAGGAGAAAUGUCUGCAGAGUUGUUGCCUGGCAACAGGUGAAGAAGAAGUCAUGAGAAGUGCAGUUUCCAUAACAACAAGUGAGGUCACAGGCUGGGUGAGCAAGAAGAGUCAGAUACUUAUCACUUUGGAUGAAGAUGAAGUUGCACAAAUUCGAGCAGAUGAUUUGGUUGAAGUGGAUGGAAAAUGGGCAUUCCAAAGAAGAUGGGAGGCUGAGGAAAUUGAUGUCGGGUUGAAGCUGGUUAGAAUAUAUGCAGUUAGGAGUCAUGUUAAAGUCGAUCAAGCUGAACAGCACAUUGAGCUCAGUGGCUCCCCCUGCCAGUUAACAAUACAACCAAAGGGUGUGGUUUAUGCUCUGAACUGUGUGGGACCUUCCUACCAGGCCAUCAAUGACGUCGUCUAUGCCUCGGAGUUCUCCCGCUUUGCUAACUUCUCUUAUGAUUAUGUUUAUGGAACGAGAUCGAGAGCUUUGGGCAAAGGUCAGCCAAUCGCCACUUUCCCUGAGUUGCUGGCGGGAGGACACGACGGGUUCAUGUUUGGAACUGUGCGCUUCUCUGGAACAGAGGCUAAAGAUGAAAAUCAUAUCGUUUAUGAUGUGCCAGAGAUUCCCAGUGGUAACUACACUGUACGUCUUCACUGUCACGCUAAAAGUAAAAUUGUGUCCAUCAGCGGCAGCAGCCUCAGUGACAAGUUUGCGUCAGAGUUCAAGAAGAAGAAAGAGGUACUGCCAGGUCUGACCAUGCACACACUGGACCUUCCUGUUAAAGUGGACACCUUCAAACUGGACAUUGAUGACGGAUGCCUGUCAGGGUUUGCAGUGCUAGACAAAACUUACAAGGAGAAGGAAAUGAGUGCAGUAGAAAAGGAAGAAGAGAAGGCGGAGAAACAAAUGUUGAUUGACACUGUGGAGCCCCUGAGCAGAAGCAUGAGUAAGAAGGUGUUGUCCAUCGUAGGCUGGUCUCAGAACUUACUGCAGAAUGCCAGUGGAGAGGCUGGAGAUAUGUCUCACUGGAACCUGCUGGAGAUAUGUCUCACUGGAGCCUGGCAGGAGAUAGCAUCAUUUACCACUGGGAAGACAGACAGGAUAUACAGGGACUACAAAUGGACCGAGGCUGCCACCACAUUCACUAACUAUGGACCGGGUGUGCGUCGAGUGGGAAUCACCUCCAUGGGUAAAGAUGACAAGUACUGGGCGGGGUUCUACGGAGCCAUCAUAUCAGCUGCUGUGAUACGGGUACAGAGAGAGGCUAUCGCAGCUGAAAAUGACGCCUAUGAGGAAGCCAGCCAGGUGAAGAAGUUGUCAGAAGCUGGCAAGGAUGGCACCAUAGAAAUAUUCCAGCAAAGAGAAAAGCUGAUCAACAAAGUCGUAGCAGACAAACAGGAUCUCCUGGCGGAUCUCAUGGAAGAUAAUGUGGUACCAGAAGUUGACAAGUCCUUCCAGAAACAGACAGAGGUCGCCACCUUCAAGCCUCAAGUGGAAAGAAAAAAGAAAAAGAAGAGAGAAAUCAGAUUCUUUGUCUCCAGCACUUUCAGAGACUUCAAAAUGGAAAGGGAGGAGUUGAUUAAGAAAAUAUUUAGAGAGAUCAACCGUGUCUGUGCUGACAGAGGGGUACAGUUCACCUACGUGGACCUGAGGUGGGGCAUCACAGAACAACAGUCAGAGACUGGGGAAACCAUUGCUAUCUGCCUAAAUGAGAUUGACAAGUGUCGUCCCUAUUUCAUGUGUAUGCUGGGAGAGAGGUUUGGGUGGUCACAGAAGGAAGAAAAACCUGACGCUGCUCUGGACAAGAGUUUUGAUUACGCCAUAGAGAAGUACCCUGCUAACAUGGCCUGGAUCAAAGAUUUCAGAUUUGACACCAGUGUCACUCAGCUGGAAGUUCUGCAUGGUGUUUUGAGGGAUGUUGAUAAAAACAAGCACAGGAGCUUCUUCUACAUGAGGGAGCCAGUAGAAGAAGGAUCAGAGUAUGAAGGGGAUCAGAAAGUGGUAUAUUUCAGAUCUACUGGCCAGAGAGUGACUGGCACGCAGAGAAAGUCCAUGCACUGCGUAAGAGAGUGGCAGAGACCUAAGGAGCUUAAUGUGAAGAAAUACAGGAGUGUCCAGGAGAUAUGUGACUUUGUCAAACAGGAUUUCCUGAAUGUGAUUGACAUGGACUUCCCCAAGGGGACAGAACUUUCUCCACUGGACAGAGAGCGUGAGGCACAUGAAGCCUUCGCUGAAGUCAGGAGGCGUGUGUACAUUGGUGGCAAGGACUAUUUUGAUGCCAUUGAUGCAUUCAUGGCCAAGGAUGAAAAUGUGCCAUUUGUACUGCUAGGAGAGUCUGGGUCGGGGAAGUCUGCCUUGGUGGCUAACUGGGUGGGAAAGCUGAUAGAGAGAGAAACAGAAGCCUUCAUCUUUGUUCACUUCAUUGGCAGUUCAGCUGAGAGUGCUUCUUAUAUCAAACUGCUCAGGAGGUUGUUUGAAGAAAUGAAGAGAUUCUACGGCUUCGACCUCCCCGUGCCAUCCUCUGAUAACAACCUGAUCAGUGAGCUGCCGCAGUGGCUGAGAAUGGCGGGAAAGAGGGCCAAGUGCUUCAUCAUCCUCGAUGCUCUCAACCAGUUGGAUGAUGGCUCUGGUGAACAAGGCAGUGAGCAUGAUCUGCAAUGGCUGCCUAAAGAGCUGCCCCCUGGUGUGAAGAUGCUGCUGUCGACAUUGCCAGGGCGUGCCCUGCAAGCAGUUCAGAAUGCUGGUUUACCCAGUCUCCAUGUGAAACCACUCCAGAAGGAAGAGAAGGGAGAAAUCAUUGUAGGCUACCUGACUAAUUUCUACGGCAAGACACUGAAGCAGGAGUUGACGCAGUUGAUCAUUGAUGCGGAACCCACCAAUAACGCUCUCUACUUGAGAUCUCUGCUGGAUGAGGUCCGUCUAUUUGGCAGUUUUGAGCAGCUGGGCAACAAGGUUCGAGAGUAUCUGACUGCAGGGACACCUGGUGAUUUGUUUGCAAAAAUACUGGCGAGACUGGAGGGCGAUUUUGAGGACGAGAGCAGGCCUGGCUUGGUAAAGGACACCACUGCUGCCAUCUGGUGUUCUCACAAAGGAAUGUCUGAGGGAGAACUCCGGGACCUGCUGGAUGUGCCGCCAGCAGUCUGGUCGCCAUUUUAUCUCUCUCUGGAGGACAAUCUGGUGAACAGAAAUGGAAUUCUCAACUUCUUCCACGACCAUCUUCGUCAGGCUGUGGAGAGUAAAUAUCUCCCCACAGAGGAGGAGAAGUUGAAAGGUUACAAGACACUGGCCGAGUUCUUUGAGAAAAGAGAACUGGAUGGCAGGAAGGUCGAGGAGUUGCCUUUCUUACAAAGUAAAGCUGGUGAACUUGAAAAGCUUCAAGCAACAAUCAGUGACUUGAAUAUCUUCAAGAGAUUGGUGGAGAGUGAAGAUGGCAAGUUUGACCUCAUCAAAUAUUGGACAAAGGUGGGUGGUUUCAGCAAGGCAGAGGAGGCGUACACAGCGGCCCUGGACAAUUACCCUGCAGACCAGAGAGACACAGUGGAGUAUCACGCACUACAGGUCAAUCUGGCUGAUUUCUACAUGGACACUGGGCUACUGAGUGCCGCCAGAGUUAUGCUGGAGAAGGUCCUGGCUAAGGCAGAGGAGAAGUACAUUCACAGUCAUGGCACUGUGGUCUACAACUUCAAAUGUCACUCCUGGAGACACAAGUCCAACCACCCAGACGUCAUUGAUUUGCUCCAGAAACUUGGCACAGUGUGUCACAAGCAGAGUGUGCUCAGGGAGGCAGAAUUAUACUUCAACGAUGCCAUUGCCAGACAAAACAGGAUAAUUACACCUUCACAGAAACUCAAGUUGACAGAAGGUCUGCUGGGCCUGGCUGCUGUUAAGGUAUCCAAAGAUGAAGCCAUUCAAGCGAAGAGAAUCCUGAUCAGAGCUCGAGAGUUGGCCACUGAGGUGUUAGGAUCCAGACAUCAUUAUGUCUCUGCCAUCAUUAACAAGAUUGGCCAGUUAACCUACAAGCAGGGCAGACUGGAGGAGAGCCUUGGGUACUUCCUCCAGGACCUGAAGUUGACCCGUGGGGAGGUGGGGACAGCACACCCCAGGGUGGCAGGAAUACUGAAUGACAUUGCGCUGGUCUAUGAUGAUGGCAACGACCCACUGGCGGAGGAGCUGUACGAGGCAGCAUUGGCCGUGCUUGUGGAAACCUACGGCCCUGAGCACCUGGAUGUGGCCAUAGUGAGGUACAAUCUUGGAGCAGUGUACUUUGCAACCAACCAUUUUGCCAAGGCUAAGUACCAGUUUGAGCACUGUGCAGCCACAUUUAAAGCCUUCCUUGGAGAAGACCACGUCCAGACUAAGGAUGCCCUCAGUGCUCUGAAUGAUGUCAAGGGUUUGGUCAAAUAAUAGGAUAACUUUUGUGUUUAAGAUACAGAAACAUUUGAGACAUGAACAGGACAUUCAAAUGGAUCUGGGACAAGGUCUUAACAGUGAAAUUGCAGUUUGUGAUCUCUGGUCACAUAAAGAGAGUGCUGAACAGGAAAAGAGGAGCAUAGUUGUGGUGUGUGAUGCUCAUUACAAGAAUCUUUACGUUUGCACCAUUAAAUUGUGGUUAAAGUCGUUAAUUCAGCAUCAGCGAUCAAAAAUGUGCAACUCGAGAUCACAAACGACAAUCAUUGACACCAAGUAGGGUCAUAAUUUUUUUCACCUGGCAGCUGGUAUAUUUAAUUGCAGCUGAAAUUUAAUGUGAUAUACUGUCUUAUUUAACAAAGUGAUAUUUACACAUAACAAUGUACACGGAAUUCUUAUAAAUGUAGAAAAGCAGUGUGAUAUUUUUAAGGGUAAAUGUUUUAGGGUCGCAUUUUAUAUUUCCUUCUUACAUUCCAUCAGAUAGUUUUUAAGUCAGAAAUAUUCCGUCCAGUGUCUAUUUUUCUUGUUAAAUAUCUGAGUAUUAUAUAAACUGUGAUGUCAAAUAUUUUACUUCCCUUUUAUAAAUACUUUAUUGCCAGAUGUUUUGCUAUAUACUU